AUGCGCAGUUCUUAUAAAGAAGACCUUCAAACAUCUCCUGCAGAACUGGUCUAUGGUGAACCAAUCCAUUUGCCAGGUCAGUUUUUGUCUCCCAAAGAUGACUACACAACAUCCGAUGUCACCGAGUACGCUAACCGUCUUUGUUCUCAAAUGACCAAGUUAACACCACGACCGACUUCAUGGCACACAUCUACAUCAUCGCCAUUUUACAUACCACGAGAUUUAUCUACUUCAUCUCACGUGUUCCUGCGGCAAGAUCGAGUUCGUAGUUCCUUGGAAGCACCAUAUGUUGGCCCUUUUAAAGUUCUUAACAGGCAACCCAAGUACUUUACCUUAGACCUCCAAGGCAAGAAAACCAAUGUCACUAUAGACAGACUAAAGCCAGCUUACAUAAUGAAGGAACCUCAAAUUAAAGAACUUCCACCUACGCAGUCAUCACCUCUUCCUUCUGCGACCAAAACUUUCGUAGAAGAAAAGAGAACAAGAAGUGGCAGAAGAGUACAAUUUCCUGAUUUUUAUCGACCGUAG